AUUUUAAAAACACAGUGCAGUAAAAACCGAAAGAGGGAGUAUGCUUUCCUCAUUAACUGUAAUUAGUCGGUUGUAAUGUUUUUGAUUGCAGAGCUUCAUUAUUUCGGGCAGUCUGAAUAAAACACCCCUACAAAUACAACGGUUUCAACACAUUGUAUUCUGCUAGGCUAGCCUUCUGUCUCGGACUCGACAUCAAAACAACAGAGGUUUAAAAACACAAGCGUUUUAAUCGAUUUAAAAUAAAUAAAUAAAUAUUAAACACGUUUAGAUAUGUGUCAGAGUUGUCGUAGUCACACAAGCAAGUUAAAAAUAAUAAGCGCACUGACGGGAACGUUUCGUGUUUCCAUGGUUACGGUGUUAAAAACGUCUACCUUUCAACUUUGAACCUGAGAGAGAAGAUCAUGCAACAUGGCAGAGAAAAGAAACUCCACAGGACAGUCCCUGCUGUUUUUAAUCAUCUCUGUAGUUUCUGUUCAUUUAUUGAUAUGCCCCUACACUAAGGUAGAGGAGAGUUUUAAUUUACAGGCACUGCACGACAUUCUUUAUCACAGACUGGAUUUAGAAAAGUAUGACCAUAAUGAAUUUCCUGGUGUUGUCCCAAGAACAUUUCUUGGACCACUUUUUAUUUCAAUAUUGUGUUCACCAGUAGUGUAUAUCCUUUCGGUUCUUGAAGCAUCAAAGUUUUACUCGCAGAUAACGGUGAGGGGCUGUUUGGGUUUCUGUGUGACAUAUGCACUCUGGAAACUUCAGAAGGAAGUUAGAAGGCUCUUCGGCUCAACUGUGGCAUCCUUAUUCUGCUUCAUUACAGUCACUCAGUUUCAUCUGAUGUUUUAUAGUACAAGAACACUACCAAAUGUGUUUGCCUUGCCCAUAGUCCUGCUGGCUUUUACUGCUUGGUUGCAACAAAAUCAUGGCGUCUUUAUCAGUCUAUCUGCCCUGGCAAUCAUUGUAUUUAGAUCUGAACUCUGCAUAUUCCUGGGCCUUAUGUUACUGAUGUCUUUGAUAAAUAGAAGGCUUUCUGUCUUACAAUUGUUUUACUACACAGUUCCAGCUGGUAUAAUCUGCCUUGGCCUGACAGUUUCAGUUGAUUCUUUUUUCUGGAAACGUCUGGUAUGGCCUGAAGGAGAAGUACUUUGGUACAACACAGUUUUGAAUAAAAGCUCAAACUGGGGAACUUCUCCAUUUCUGUGGUAUUUCUAUUCAGCUUUGCCCCGAGCACUGGGCUGCACUAUUUUGUUUGUUCCUCUUGGUGCAAUGGAUAGGAGAACACGACUUCUGCUUCUACCAACCGUGGGAUUUAUUUUAUUAUAUUCAUUUCUGCCUCACAAGGAGUUACGCUUUAUAAUAUACACGGUUCCAGUCUUUAACAUAGUAGCAGCAAAAGGUUGUUCUUACAUAUUAAAUAACUACCAAAAAUCUUGGAUUUAUAAACUAGGCACUUUAGUUGUAAUUGGCCAUUUAAUGGCUAAUACUGCAUACUCUGGCAUGUCACUAUAUGUCUCCCGUUUUAAUUACCCUGGUGGAAAAGCUAUGGACAAACUCCAUGAAUUAUUACCUUCAACUUCAGAUGUUUCGGUUCACAUCAGCGGGGCAGCAGCACAAACUGGGGUUUCACGCUUUCUGGAGCUUAACAAUAACUGGAGGUAUGACAAAAGGGAAGAUAUUAAACCAGGCAACCCAGAAAUGACUAGUUACUCACAUGUCCUGAUUGAUGCGCAGCCAGCCCAGCUGGUUUACUUCAAAGGCACGCACAAAACUCUGGCAAAUAUACCUGGCUUUAGUGAACUUGUUGUAAAUGUGUCUUUGCUACCUCCACUGUAUGUAAAACUUGAAACAAAGUUAGUAUUACUAGAAAAAAAGUCAUUAGCGUGAAUAUAUUGAAAUAAUCCCAAGCUGUACUUUGAAAGUAAAAUAUAUUGUACCACUUCUUUUAUUUUUUUUUUUUCUAAGUUAGUUUGUUUUAUUGCUAUU